CCGGCCGACUUCAUCUGCCCAAUCACGACCGAGGUGAUGAGCGACCCGGUGAUGGCGGCGGACGGCCAUUCCUACGAGCGGAAGCAGAUCGAGCGCUGGCUCGCGGCCAAGUCGACGAGCCCGAUGACGGGCGAGGCGCUCCAGCACACGCACACCUUCCCAAACCACGCGCUGCGCCGGCAGAUCCGAGAGUGGCAAGAGGCGCAU